AUGGAGAUUACCGACUACAUCUUCAAUGAGCGAGAGGAAGUGCUCCUUGUUGGGGACUACAAUGCUUACCGGGCCCAUGCCACUCGGAAGUUGCACAAACUCCGCAAGAAGCUGGGUCAGGCCACUGCCAAAGGCCGCAAAUACACCACUAAACCAGCCGUAACGGCUGAGAACGUCGGAGACAAUGUGGCAUACGUGCAUCUUUUGCUUCUUGGAUCCGAACGGGCAUGGGCGCAUGCCAUGCAUAUGAAAUCCACACACUCUGCGGACCCAUCUGCCAAAGGCAUUUCCGGUGCUGCUCGUCGUCAUAUUAUUUCACGAUUAGAUAAGGCGACUCGUUAUGCACAGCAGCUUGUUUCUGUGCUCCAUGAGCAAUCGGUCUCUGGUGCGAGUGAUAUUGACAUUCUUGAGGCUCGGGCUUAUCUUGCCACAAUCUCCGGUGCUUUAUGUCUGGAGAAGCGUAAAUGGGAACAAUGUCUUCGUGACUACGCCAUUGCCAGAGUCGUUUACACUGCGCUUGGCCAAAGAGUCAAGAAGGAUGCCUUCCGAGACCUUCUUACUGGAACCGUUGACCCGAGCUUGCGUUACGCCGCCUAUCAGAUGAAACUCCCCCGCUCCAAGCCCACAUCCUCCUUAGCAAUUGAGUUCUUCCCGUCGGACUCAAAGAUUCGAUCCGAAGUGGAGAACUUUGACCCCACCUGCCUGGCCGAGGAGGCCGCGGGAACACGGAGAACCGCCGAAGGUGAUGUGCAGAAAUUGCCCGAGUCUGUGACCUGGAGAUCUCGCACUGUUCCUUUGGAUGAUGCUUCGAUCUCCCAGUCAUUGGCUGCAGCCUCUGCUGCGGAGGCUUUGCUUGCCACUUGGCUGUCCGAGGCUGGACGAUCUGCCACGGCCAAGGAUCAGGCCGCGGCAUACGACAAUGUUAUCAUUGCCAGUCAGGAUGCGGUUGAUGCAGCCAAGACCGCCAUUGAUGAUCUAGUUAAUGAAGGUGUGGAUGCUGGAGAUAAGAGAAUGCAGGCGUUGCAAAUUACUCGCACUUCGGUCAAUUACAAUCUGAUCGGAUGGCGAGUUGGCCGUAAUCGGGUGCUAUGCGGUGAAAAGGAUGGCCUGGCAUUUGAGGAUGAACAGGCCUCUGUUAACACUAAGGGCUUGAAGCAGAAUGGCGGUAAUGGCAAGAAGCUGAACCGACUCCGCGAACGAGCGGUGCUGUAUGAUUCGACUCUGCAAAGUUUGGAUUUCAUCCUUGAGUUGCCCGGUGUCGCCGCCGAUGCGGCUUUUGUUCAGGAGCUUGAAGCCAAGCGAAGCUACUUCCGUGCUCUCAGAUGCUUGACAUUGGGACGCUCCCACGCUGUUUUGGGCAAGCCCACCGAAGCAUUGGCACUCUUUGCGCAUGCCUUUACUCUGCUUCAAUCCGAUAUCUCACCAGCCUCUGUUGAGUCUGAGGGUCCCCCAAGACUAGACGUUUCCCGGUCACAAGUGAGUGCCUUGGCGACCAUUCUGCAGGGACUUGUUGCCCAGUACCGUGGUCUUGUGACGUUGGAGAAGUUCGAUGCCGACUCUAGUGUCUCGGAACAACGGCCUCUGGUUGAGCGGCUGCACCAAUUUACAGCAGGAACAGACCUGAAAAACCUGGUGCCAUACCCUCCUCAGAUGAAGCCUGUUCCUGUGAAGCCCCUCUUCUUGGAUGUGGCCUGGAACUACAUCGAUUACCCACACAUGACAAAUGCAGCUGCGACCAGCAACACGACCGCGCAAGCAGAGGCUCCUGCAGCCGAAGAGAAGACGAGCCGAAGCUGGUUUGGCUUUGGCCGGUCAUAA